GCUAGAUAGUAGGGGCCCCCCCCCUCUUCUAUAGUUCCCUAUUGAACCCCCCCUACCUACUAUAGUAGUUGGCAACCACUGAACCGGGCCCCCUAUGAUUCCCUCCCACUUCGAGUCGAGCAGUCCAUAGAAUUGGGCGGGCGAGUUCCCUACUAUUCUAAAGGAAUCAGCUCGCUAGCCAUAGAAUUGUAGGGCCCCCCAGCCCCCGGGGGUAGGGCCAUAGAAUUGUAGGGAGCUUGCACUCUCAAAUAGUUCUAGAAUCGAGCUAGAAUAAGCUAUAGAUUGGGGUGGGCCCCUACUAUUCUAUGGUGGAGGAUAUAGUUGGUGGGAGGCCCCUACUAUUCGCCAGGGGUUAUUGUGGGGGGUUAGGUUAUAUAGUUGGUUCAGUCUAGUUUAGCCCCACCUCGAUAAAGGGUAGCCCUGCAUACAGAGUGGGGGGGGGGCGAUAAAGGAGAGGGGGUGGGGGCGAACCAUAGUUGCUCGACCUAUAAAUGACCUAUCCAAACUAUGGGGUGCUUCGCAGAAGAGGGCCUGAUCCCUAUCGGUGAUUGCAUGCAGUGAGCCCCUCCGGGCGAACGAACUCUCCACUAAUGGUCAAAACCGGGCAGGCCGGUCAUGAGUCGUUUAGGUAGGCUGCACGGCAGAGCAGAUAGCAGUGCUCAUUCAUUAUAUCAUAGAUAUGGAAGCAAGCUCAUGUUUAUCACACCCAAUGGACUCCAUUUUCAUCACGGAAAUGUAUUACGUCAAGAUCCGUUGCCAAAACCGAAUCACGCCAACAUCACGGGAGUUCCUAGAUCGUGUGAAAUCGUAGUAGUUCCAAAGGCAUUCCGUUCCAAUGGAGAAUUGGCUAUGGAGAUUCCGCGCGGUCAGAGAUUCUUUGUCGAUCGGGUCGAGUGCUCUCGGGAACGGGCCAAUCCAUUGGGGAAAGAGGGAGUCGCACGACGAAGCGGGCAUAUGAUGUUUGAUUCUUUACGAGGAAGCACUCUCCGAGGGCAUAUGAUGUAUAAUUCCUCGGAAAAGAUUUCGGCAGUCAUGUCGGAAAACGACCUUCCGGUCCGGAUACGGAAAAACUCCAUCCAGUUCCCGAUGGAGACGGAGUUUUGCGAAUUCUUCCCGGAACUAGAAGAUCAUUUCGAGAUUUUCGAGCAUAUCCGAGGGUUCAAUGUGACUAUUGCAACUUCGGCCAACACGCAAGAUGAGACUCUACCAUCGUGGAGCGGCUUUUCGCAGACGAACGGCCCCCAAUGCAGGGUGCUCUCGAUCGAUAGCCCAUUAUAGAUAGGAGGUGUGAGCGUAGCGAACCGCUCGACCAAGAGAAGAGGACUUCCCUCGACUUCCUCUCCCGUCGGUCGAGUGCCCCCCCCCACCCCCCGCCAAUAUAGAGGUAGGGGUCCCCCCUUUUCUACAGUAUAGUAGGGGCUAUGGAUAGGGGGCGGCGCUCGGCCCCCCCCACCUUGACCUUUUAGAGUAGGGGGUUGCCGAUGAAGGGCAUGGGCAUUUAUGCGCCCCUUCGGGCGCCCCUCUCCCCCCUCUCUGUAAUGGGGGUUGGGGCCCCCGGGCAACCCCGGCCUACUAGACUCUAGUUGGGAGAGUCCUCCCCCGCCCCUAGUAUAGAUAGGCCAACGCCUUAGGGAGAGGGGGGGUCCUCCCCCGCCCCUAGUAUGGAUAGGCCAACGCCUUAGGGAGAGGACUCCCCCGGGGGGGAGGGUCUCGACCUUCAGGUCGAGGAGGCCGCCGAGGGGGAGGGACAUAAACGCCCUCAAGGCCCGCCCGCCUUUAUCUUCCGGGUGGGGGGGGGAAUUCUAGUUCGGCACUAUUCCACUUAAUUAAUCAGUCAAUCCCGGCCCAUAUGGAUAAACCUGCUAGAAUGACGCUAGAAUACGCUAGAAUAAGGCAACUAUGAUUCCCUCCCAAUGCAGGGGUGGGGCUUAAUUAAUUAAUGUACGCCUGCUAGCCCGGGGGUGGCCCCCCCUAUUCUAGCGUCAUUCCCCUCAAAUUCUAUGGGCGAUUCUAGAACUAUUUUAUUAAUGCCUACUAUUCUAUGGGCAGUCAAGCCCUACCCCCAGCCGGGGGCUGGGACUGAUUCGAGCAAGAGGUAGAUUAGUUGCCCUACUAUUCUAAGGGGGUAGCUCGGAGUUUUCUAGCAACGGCACGAGUGCAGGCGUCAUUAAUGAACGGAUCCUUAGAAGAGUAGGGUUGAUUAAUUAGCCUGCUAGCCGGUAGGGGGCUCGAAUUAAGAAUUCCCCUACUAUUCUAAAGGGGGUGGGUGGGAGAACUUUAGCGGCCCGGCCCAAAUUCCCCCCCCUACUCACCAGUUGAAUUGUUCCGGGUGGUGGGUGGUCUAACUAGAAUUCCCCAUGAACACUGCCAUUAUUCUGAUGAAGCUUCGGGUGCCCCUGCAUAGGAAUCUUUAGUUCCCCCGAGCCAGCCGGGGCCCUAAUUUCGAGAUACCUCUAAUUAAUCAGUUCAUUAAUGCGUUCAUUAAUGCGCCCCAUAGCCUCCUCCCACCCACCCCUAGGGCGAGUAACUAAUCAGCUUGCUAGAAGAACCUUCCCUACAAUUCUAUGGGGGCAUCAGCUUGCACUCGAUAGUUGCUAGAUGAAGCAAUUCUAGUUGCUAGAAUCGAGCUAGAAUAAACAAUAUACAUACCCUCUUUUAUUCAUCUAGCAGGCCCUUUAGCCCCGAGUAGUAAUCUACCUCCCCCCGGUUAUGCCCCCAGCCGAAUUGUAGGGGAAGGGAUAGCAGGCGUACAUUAAUUAAGGAGGCCCACACUCCAUAGAAUUGAUAGGGCCAUAGAAUUGUAGGGAGCCGCCCUUUACAAGCCCUUUCAAAUAGUAGGGGCCUGCUAGCCUUAGAAUAGUAGGGGCCAUUUAGAACCCUGCUGCCAUAAUGGCAGUGUGCAUGCAUGAGGGGAUUAUAAGGACAUGAGGAUAGCCGCGGCCCGGCCCCUACUAUUCUAAGAGCCCUACUAUUAUAAGGGGCUUGAUAGGGCUAUUCCGGGAUGGGUGGGGGGCAAUAGGGUGCCGGGUGUUCAUAGGGAAUUCUAGUUGGUGGGGGGUGAAAGUCAGUUGGUCGAAGCCCAGUUAUGUAGGGGAGAACUAGGAGGAGGGGCGGCCUUGGUUGGGGUAGAGAGCCGUAAGCGCGGUGGGGGUGACGGAGGACGUGCUCGUAUGGUCCAUAGAGGGCACCUCUCGUUGAUUGUUGGGAACUGGAACUCCCCCGUAUUCGAAAUAUGCUUUCCCGGGGGCAUCACGAUCUGCAGCUCAAAUGGUCUCUCACGAAGUAUCUAUUGGUCUGAUCAUUAUUACCGUACUAAUACGUGUAGGUUCUCGUAAUUCAAGUGAGAUCGUCACGGCGCAAAGGCAGAUAUGGUUUGGUAUUCCCUUGUUCCCCGUAUUGGUUAUGUCCUCCAUCCCUCGUCCAGCAGAAACUAAUCGAGCUCCUCUUGAUCUCCCAGAAGCGGAAGCUGAAUCAGUUGCAGGCUAUAAUGCAGAAUAUGCGCGGGAUGCGAUCCUCGGGAGUUCACUGUUGGCGGAAGCCGAUGUCCCUGCAGGGCGGGGACUAAUUCGGACUGAAACAAGGCCAACUGCUUAUCGAUUGGAGGCCGGGCCCGGCGGCACUAUUCAAUUCAUUCGAACGCGGGAACCACGAAUCAAAAUCACCGGUACUAUAGCUAUCGAGUCCUUAUUCUAGCAGGCUAAUUAAUUAACUAAUCCCCAGCAGGUGGCAACUAUCUCCUCCUGACGUUCCCACCCCCUUGCC